GCCACACCACUGGACUUCCGCCAGUAAAGAUACUCACACUUCAUCUCUCUCAGCUUUUCGAUAAUACCAGGUCACUGCUUCGACUUUGAGUGCGACUGAGGCGGUGGAAACGACUGUGAACCUCAUCCGCAUCGUCUUGUGACCACGGCGUCGACUUCAUCAUUCGACGCGCUAUUCACGGCACCUUCCUGAACAUCAAAUACGCGGCCAUGAGGUCAGACGUGAGGAUCGUCUUGGCGGGAGAUGCGGGAGUAGGCAAAUCGACGCUCAUUACGAGCUUGAUCAAGGAAACAUUCGUCGAGAGGGUACAGAAGAGGAUACCGGAGAUCACGUUGCCCAGCGAUGUGUGUCCAGAAGGAGUCAGCACAAAGAUCAUCGACACUUGUUCUGGACCUGAAGAUCGAGGUCACCUGGAUUCGGAAUUGCGGAGGGCGUCGGUCAUCUGUAUGGUGUACUCGGUAGCGCACGCAUCCACGUUCGAACGCCUGCCAACCUACUGGUUGCCCUAUAUCCGGUCACUAGGCGUCAACGUUCCGGUCAUCCUGGUGGGAAAUCAGAUCGAUCAACGCACUUCGCCUUUGCCCAAUUCGUUGCUCGAAUCCGAAUUGGCGCCGGUGAUGGGCGAGUUCAAGGAGGUGGAGACUUGCGUAGAGUGUUCGAGCAAGCUAUCGCUCAACGUCAGCGAGGUCUUCUAUUUCGCCCAGAAAGCCGUGCUCUACCCGACUGCGCCGCUCUACGACUCCAAGGCACACGCGCUCAAGCCCAACUGCGUAGACGCUCUAAGACGGAUAUUCAGACUCUGCGACAGUGAUAAAGAUGGCUUGCUAUCCGAUGCUGAGCUCAACGACUUUCAAAGAAAGUGCUUCGACGCGCCGUUGCAGGCUAGCGAGCUGGAAGGCAUCAAGGAUUUGGUGUUGCAAGCUCCCGUUGCUGGAAACAGGUUUCCCUACGACGAUCUGUCAGCCACUGGGUCCUUUUCAGAUGCUGGGACUGCCACUGAUAAUACAGCAGGACCACACAAUCACGCCAUGGCUUCCAACUCUUCAAAGCGUCCUCAUCCGCACUUGAGGGAUUCCAGCCUUACGCUCUCUGGCUUUCUGUAUCUCCACACGCUCUUCAUUCAGCGAGGAAGGCUGGAAACGACUUGGACAGUGCUGCGCACGUUUGGGUACGGCUCGGACCUCUCUCUGCAAGAGUCUUUCGUAUCGCCCGCUUUCAAUGUGCCGUCCGAUUGUUCAGUGGAGCUUAGCCCGCAUGGCUAUCAGUUCUUGACGGACGUCUUUGAAGCGCACGACAAAGAUCGGGACGGCUCGCUGUCGAAGCGAGAGCUGUCAGCGCUCUUCUCUACCGUGCCAGCUACGCAAACGCAUCUUGCGGGAGCUCAUCCUUGGAGCCAGGACUUUCCUCAGGGUACUACUGUCACCGACGAAGCUGGCAGGGUCACUCUGCAGGGCUGGCUUGCGCAGUGGAGCAUGACCACACUUUUGGAGCCGCGGACUACAUUAGCUUGGCUCGCUUAUCUUGGCUACCCCUCUCUCAUCGCUUCGGCCUCCGCAUCGCCCUCCUCGAAUGCCACCGCAAGAGGGACUGGUGCAGGGGCGGCUGCGGCUGGGCGCUCGGGUAACAGUACGAGUGCCAGUUCGCUGGGCAAAGGCGGCAGGUCAAAGUCGAAUUCGGGAGCCUCGGCACGCCCAGCGGACACGACGACCGCGCUGCAAUUGACAAAUCCGCGCAGAGUCGACAAGAAAAAGAAGGGGAAGUUGCAGAGAAAUGUCUUGCUGGCUUAUGUGGUCGGCGCGGCUGGGAGCGGCAAGAGCUCGAUUUUGAGAAAUAUGGUUGGUAGUGCCUUCGAAGAGACAUACCAGCCUACUGGAAGGAGCUGCAGCGUCGUCUGUGGCAUCGAGCAGGGUGGCGCAGAAAAGUAUCUCGUCCUCCAAGAAUUUGGCUCGAGAUAUGAAUCUGAAGCUUUGCGCAACGCGGCCAAGGUGUCCGCAGCAGACAUUGUCCUGUUCGUCUACGACAGCUCCGACACGAACUCUUUCUCCUACAUUUCCAAUUUGCGCCAGAGGUAUCCAACCCUCACGCAGUGUCCGUCUCUUUUCAUCGCCACCAAAGCCGACCUCGACUUGGCGCAACAGCGACACGAAGUGCAGCCCCACGUGUACUGCUCCAAGCUGGGCUUGAAAAUACCCGGACUGGGCAAUGGUGCCGGGCCUCUCAACAUCUCGAUCCGAACGGGGGAAGUAGCAGAUCUGUUUCAGGUGGUCUGCGCGACAGCUUUGAACCCGCGCGGAGCUAUACCGGGCGGAGACAAUUCGACCGGAGCGCUUGGAUUUGGUGGUACGAAGACUCGGUGGGCCUUUUACUUUUCGGUGGUUCUGAUAGGAGGCGGUCUGAGCGCUUGGAUGCUCAGAGGCUGGAGAGGCAACGGCACGUUCAAUGUGGGAUUGGGCGCCGUCUUUAGAGAUUGGAGCAAGGCUGGACCUCCCGCUGGUUGGCUAGCAUGGAUCUGGAACGGCGUUCCGAAUCCUACCAACGCUUGAGCGGUGCUGCUGAACGUCACCUUAUGUUAUACCCUCGCUUUCGUAUCAAAUCCUGCAAGCAUUUG